AUGGAGGAUAACACAAAUAAUGAUAGCAAUAAAAUUGUAAAACAAAAAUUUUCCGGUCAACAAACAAUCUUUCCACUAGCUAGAGUUAAAAAAAUAGCUAAACACAUUCCAAACGUUACUUUGAUUGCUCCAGAAGUUAUAACAGCUAUGAGUUAUGUAACAGAAAAAUUUAUUGAAAUAUUAGCUGAAGAAGCAUUUAGAAAUGCUGGAAUGAUGGGUAGAAAAACAGUCACACGAAAAGAUAUUGAUGCUGUGAUUGAAUCAUCAUUAUCAUUUAAAAUUUUAGAAAAUUGUAUAGAUGAUUUAGAAGAAGUGGAAAAAAUAAAUACAAUAUCAGAGGUUUUGGAUAUUGAAAGUGACAAUGAUGAUGGUGUUGUUGAUCCAGAUGGUAACGAUGAUAUUGUACAGCUCGAAGAAGAAUUGUCUACUAAGACUUUUUAUAUUUGUAUACUUUUUCACAUCUUUCUUCUUGACAUACUAUUCAUAUCAAUUAAACGAUAUUUACGACUAUUUUUAUAUUUAAUGGAUAUUGGUAAAUCAAAAAAAGUUUUUUUAUUUAAAUGUAAAAAUUGUAGAAAAAUAAAUGGUUUCUUUUCUUCUAAUUUACCUGAACAUGCUUAUUGUGUUGUUGAUAAAAGAAAUGGAAUUGUUUAUUCAUUCUGGAAUAAUGGUAUUAGCAAGGAAUGUGCUUCAUUUGAGUGGGCAGGUUGCGUAGAAACUUUUAAUUUAAUAGAAACAAAUAAGUCGAAAAGUAUGGAUGAUUUCUUAAUAUUUUGUGGAAAUUACUUUAAAAGCAAUAUGUAUAACUGUAGUACAUGGAAUUGUUUUGAUUUUGUUUUGGCAUUUCUUAAUUAUUAUGGAUAUCCAUUAAGAUACUUAUCAAAAGAAGUAUUUAUAAGAAAGAUUAUUAUCUUCUUUUUUUUACAAUGUGUUUUAUCACUAUUAUAUCUUAAAAGACAUAUGGCAGAAUUUCUUGAAUCAGAUGAUAACAAUGACAAUGAUCGAUUAAUGGAUAGAAAAUCUUUUAAUCGAGAACAAUUUCGUCUUUUCAAAGAAUCUUUCAGAGAUUAUGUUGAAGUUGAAGAAACUGUUGAGUAUGAUGAUAAUGUUAACGUUUUUGAUUAUAUUUCAAAUAGUAACAAGAAGAAAAUUAUUAAUUUAAUUUUAAAAAUGGAGAAAUUAGAGAAAAAGACAGAUGAUGAUGUUGUACGUAAAAAAGCAUCUGAUUUUCUAAAACAAUUACGGGAAUCUGUGUCGUUGAUACCAACUGCUGGUGAAGAAUUAAGUCAAGAUGAUAUUAAUUUAAAAAAAUUUGAUGAGAUAGAUAUUAAUUUGUUAUUGGGAGAACAAUUUGUAGAAAAAAAUGGGAAAGGUGUUGUUUUAGAAGCACUGACAAAAUAUAAAGAAAAAUGUUUACAUGAAUUAGAAAUUCUACUGAAAGAAUCAGAAGAUUUUCUAAAAAAUAAUAAAAACUUAAGAUGA